CGGAAGUGAAACUGUAACUUCCGUUCAUCUCAAAUGUUUACUACUUUUCUUCCUUUUCCUUCUUAUUUUUUUGUUAUCGUUUGAUCUUUGGUUGUACUUUGAAUUAAGAAUAGUUACUUAUCUUUUUUGUUUUUUUUUCUAUUUUGAGAUACAUUGGCAUAUCUCAUCUUUUCGCAAGACGGCGCGAGUAUAAGGCUAGCAGUUAGCUAGCUAGCCGUUAACAUAAGGAAGAUAUCAAUAACGGUGAACACACAGUGAUUUUUCUUUGGACUUUAGGGAUAAAAGUUACGAACACAAUGUCUCUGAGUGCUGUCAACGGCGCAUUGUCCAAUUUAAAAUCGUGUUUGGCAGACAUUGCGACGGGGAUGGACAUCGUGACGGACGUUGCCAUAGAUGUGGUGGAAUCUCAGGAUGAAGAGAUGAACUCUUCCAUCAAAGAGCUGGAGACCAUGAUCCUGGACUGUGCCAAGCUGGACAGGGAGAUUAACAUCUUUGUAGACAUCGCAAAAGAAGUUACAUCCGAGGUGAAUGCACAGCAACCAGAGGCCUUGUUCGGCCUUUCUGACAAAGUGAAGGAGCAGUUCUCAGAGAGAAUAGCCCGACUUUCUGAUGAUGAAAUCCACAGCCAUCAGAAAGUGGCUGCCUUUAAGGACAGCAUCGGGAACGCUUCAAAACAAACCAAUCAGAAAUCAGCAGAGAACACGGAGGAGUUUGAUGAGGACAUCGCCGUCACACAGAGCCAGGUCAAUUUCACCUGCCCGCUCACACAGGUGGAAAUGUUAAAACCAGUCAAAAAUAAAAAGUGCAACCACUACUAUGAUGAAUCUGCCAUCUUGGACCUGAUCAAAACAAGACGCAACUUGAAGAAGAAGUGCCGAUGUCCUGUGGUGGGCUGUGAAAACGCAGAUGUGAAAGAGUCAGACCUCAUUCUUGAUCAGAUACUGAGAAGAAGGAUUCAGAACCAAAAGAAGAAAAACAGCAAAAAUUAGCACUGCUUUACUGAUAACCUAUCUGUCCAUGUUUUAUUUUUUGGGGUGCAAAUGUUCUAUUUUUGUGCAAAUAUUUGUUCAUUAAAUCUGAAUUUUUGGAACCUUUUGUCUUUUUUUUUUAUCAUGUUUGAUAUUUUGGUGAUGCAAUAAUGUGGCUACACCACAAGAGGGCAGCGUUUCCACAAAGCCGUUUAGGGGCUUUUUCUACUAUUUUAAAUUAGUGUCAGGUGAAGAUACUGUAAUUAGUAAAUACAGUAAAAAAAAAAAUGAAACAAUUGAGAGUUCCAUCCUCCAGUUUUGCAGAAAAAUAUUUUUUUUGAUGUAAAGAUUAUCCUGAAACUUCCAAGGUGACAAACAGUCUGUUCUUUCACCUCUGUGGAAAUGCUCUUAUGUGUUUAAACCUCGCUUUGCUUAUUCACGCUGCUUAUGAAGGGUCAUUAUUUCACAGAAAAACACAAACGAAGGCAGUGUUGAAGCUAAUCUUUUAAUAAUCUUGCAUCAGGCGUUUAAAAAGCAAGAACCUUUUACAAAUUAAGAAAUUAACAGGGAACAAAUUCUCCUGCUAUUGUCGACCCACUACCCCUCUGCUCGAUUUUAAUUACCAUUCUGCAAAUCUUAUUGUGUUUGCCACACAACAUGCGUCACAGUUAAUUAAAUAACUGCAAAAUCUCACCUGUGAUUUAGUCACUCAUGGAAGAGAGGCUUUUUUUUCCAGCUGGUUCAUUAAUGUGUUUGAAAAUGAAAUCAAAUUAUUGAGUGCGAUUGCCCACGUUUGACCUCAAAUUAGCACUUAUCUCCUCUAAAGCUUUAAGGCGUGAAAGCUGCCUGUAAGUCUGGAUGUCUGGCUCAUCCAAGGAGGAUUUUACCUUUGGCUGCCUGGAAGCAAACAAACGAUCAUGUCUUGGCAGCGGUGUCUCGGCUGUGCCGGAGCUUUAGAUAAAUGAGCGGAGAGCAGCAGAUAAGAACGUCAAAAUUGAAGUUUAAUCUAUACUUUUUUUUGUUUUUUGCUUCAAACUCAUAGGUUUGGAAGUAAUCAUAAAAAGCGACUUGUUUUUUUUUGGGGUGUUGACGCAGAUCGUUCAAGGAAAAUAAUAUUCUGGGCUUUAUGACCUUCUCUAAGGUGAACAAAACUAUUAAGGUCUGGCAGCAGAAAACACUCCAAGUGAUGCAUGAGCUUUUCAAUCUGUAUAUUUUUUAAGCCGUGCAGGGCUGCUAUGGUAAAUCUUAAAAACAGAAUUAAAAAAGAUGAUGGGAAACUUUAUGAAGAUGUGUAAAAAGUUGUAUCUUACAACAUUUAUUUGAAAUGUGACUUAAUAAAUACGUUUCACCACUUUUGUAUGCAUGAGAGUGUGUGACAUACUUUGAUGUAUAGUCAGAUCUGGACUGCAGGCAGGCUGGUUUUGCAUCCCAACCCUACACUGUUCAGCAGGUUUGUGCUCCAUAUGGAAUGUGGUUUUGCAUUCAUUAAUAUGAGAAGUAUUUAUUAAAAAUCAUUGUGUCGAAAAAAUCAGACGUUUCUCCAAAACAUGAAUAUGGUAUUUGGCAACCUGAUGCUGCUUUGAGCUGAGAGCAGAUCAAUCAGGAGGUCCCUGUCUUUGUUUACAAUGAGGGAUGUAGGAUACUAACUCAUCGGCUGCUCUAUUAGGUUCACCUCGUACCAAGCCGGACCCCCUUUUUCCUUCAGAACUGCCUUAAUCCUUGGUGGCAUAGAUUCAACAAGGUCCUGGAAACAUCCCUCAGAGAGUUAGGUCCAAACUGACGACAGCAUCACAGUUGCUGCAGAUUUGUCGGCUGCACAUCCAUGAUGUCAAUCUCUCGUUCCAUAUCCCAAAGGGGAUCUAUUGGGUUGGGUUGAGAUCUUGUGACUGUGGAGGCCGUUUGAGUCCAGUGAACUCAAGUUUAUCCUGCUGGAGGUAGCCAUCAGAAGAUGGCGGUCAUAAAGGGAUGGACAUGGUCAGUAACAAUUCUCAGGUAGGCUGUGAAGUGGUAGUAAGGGGUCCAAAGUGUGCCAAGAAAAUAACCCCCACACCAUGACAUCACCACCACCAGCCACAUAUCCAUCCACAUGUUGGUGAGGAAAAUUUCCAGUAAGGUUUUCCAUUUCCCACUAAUCCAGGAAAACUCUAAUCAUUUAGUGAUUUUAAAAUCUUUGAAGAUGCUGGAGGUUUUUGGAAUUGCUAAACAAUUCACUUAUUCUCU